CCUUUUGCUCCCUACAGAUACAGAAAACUCAGGUGUUCUGAAAAUGCUCAGAGCUGAAUAUGAGAGACGGGCAAAGUUGAAGCCACUUUCUUGGUUAAACACUAUGCAAUUACCGCUUAAAAACGUCUACACGAGACUGAAAAUUGUCUCAAGAAGAAAAGCAGACUUCCAGGUUGAAAAUGAAGAGUUGGGCAUGUACGACAUCUUCCAGGCCCUUGGCGAAAGCGAGGAUGUCAAAAUGACAUUAGCAGAGGGAAGUCCAGGAACUGGUAAAACUACGUUUUGCCUCAAACUUGCUUAUGACUGGGCACGUGGAGAAAUGCCAACUAAUUGUUCCUUUCCUAAAUUCGAAUUUGUACUGCUUCUUAAAUGUCGAGACAUAAAUGGAGAUAUAAUGGAAGCUAUCAAAGAACAGCUUUUGCCAGAAGAUAUCAAGGAGGAGACCUGGACAAAGCUGUCUGACUUCAUCACGGAUAUUGAUAACCAAGAGAGAGUUUUAAUUAUUCUGGAUGGUCUGGAUGAGCUUCCUGAAAAGUCACGACCAUGGGUUCAUAAACUCCUCGACAGAAAAAUUUUACCAUUUUGUUAUGUCCUGGCUACAUCCCGGCAGGAGACAGGCAUUGAAGUUCGUAAAAAGUACGAAUUUGAUCUUCUUCUAGAGAUCAAAGGAUUUACAGAUGAAGAUGCCUUUCAGUAUAUCAGGAAGCAUUUCCAAAACAUCGGCCCAGAGCAUAUUUCAAAAGGAGAAAGUCUGAUAGUGGAAAUUGAAGAAAACGAUUUAUUGAAUGCACUCCGAAAUAACCCGCUAAGUUUAAUCCUCCUCUGUGUUGUUUAUGAAGACUACAAAGGAAAACUACCAACUGCCCGAACUGAACUUUACCAAGUAGUUGUCCAGUGCCUUUUGAGACGUUAUUGUGCGAAACACAACCUUGUGGCCCCGGACGAAAACAGCGCCUUAGAGAAGCAAUUUGAAGAGAACAUUCUUGCCCUUGGAGAGCUAGCUUGGCUUUGUCUACUUAAAGACCGUCACGGGUUUCGUGCAAGUGAAUUAGCAGCCCUUGAAAUCAGAUACAAAGGACUGGUAGCUCGUGACAUUGGCCUAGUUUACAAGGAAGAAAGUUUGAAAAGGUUAAAUCCGCAACAUGAGUACUUUUUUCUUCACAAGACCUUCCAAGAGUACCUGGCUGCAGUCUUUAUUGCUCACAAGUUGCGAGGAAACCAGUUAAGGUUGUUUGAGCGUCUAACUUUUCAUAAACUAGUGAAAAAGUAUCGAGAAGUGUUUCUUUUUGUUUCUGGUAUACUUGGGAGAGAUGCAAACAUUCUAUUUACUCAGAUUGGUGAAGAGCUGAAGAACCGGGGAGAAUGGGACUGGGUCACCUGCACACAGUCUGGGGUAGGGAAGAUGGAUGACCGAGAGAGGGAAGAUGUCUGUUAUAACUUUUACUAUUUUAAAGGCUUGGAAGCGGCAACUUUCUUUACAGAUAGCUUCAGCGAAAGUGGACACGCUGAAAAAAUGGCAGAGACACUUUGUUCCUACAUACCCUUUCCUCCGCAUGUUAAGAUCGAGCUUGGCAGUGCCGAGAAUGCCCUUAUACAUCACGUUUUAGAGGCCUGCGAAACCUUUGUAAAUGUGCAGAAGCCAGUUCAGCUUACUGUUUGUGAUUCAAAUGAAGACAUUUCCAGCUAUGAGACUGUUGCAAAGUCCAUACAAUCCUGCUCGCAGCUUCAGACUCUUACUCUACAAGUGAGUGACAGUAUCCCUUAUGACGCAGCAGUUGCUAUCGGUGAAUCGUUAGGAGCACGCAAAGCCUUGAGCAAAGUAACACUUCAACUUGACAGAGUGAGGGGUGAGAAUUGGACGAGUGCUAUUGAACCUGCUUUGUCUGCGGACACUCCUUUGAAGUCUGUAGACCUCCAGGUUCGAGGAUCAUUGAGUGAUACUGCGGUCUAUGGUUUAGGAAAGCUCUUAUCAAAUAAAACUUUGGCCUCAUUUUCCCUUAAUAUCUCUGGAGAUGUGCUAGAAUUUGUAGCUUCUGUUAUUAGCAGAGGAAUUGCACAACAAACUACACUCAAG